AUGUCUUCUCACAAGACUUUCAGAAUCAAGUGGUUCCUGGCCAAGAAACAAAAGCAAAACUGUCCUAUUACUCAAUGGAUUCGGAUGAAAACUCAUAACAAGAUCAGGUACAACUCCAAGAGAAGACACUGGAGGAGAACAAAACUGGCACUGUAA